CGAAGAAGUCUUUGUUGUUCAAUUCUGAUGUAUCCUACGACACCUUUCUUGGUAAAAUUAGUAGUGAUUUAAUUCAAGACGGAUUCCAAGGCGUGGAAUCUGUCUAUGGUAAAUUCCCCAGACAUCAAUCGGGGGUUUAUGUUGGUUCACGACCUCUCCCAAUCAACGACGAAGCAACAUGGCGGCAUUUUUUGCGAAAAGCAUCACGUGAAUACGAUGCAGUUGAAGUAUUCAUCGUGGUGUCUAAAAAUGUUGAGGAGGAAGUUGAGGUGGAAGAGGAUGGUUCCAUUCUUUCAGCAACCAAUGGAUCAGCCAUCUUCAUCCGAUUACGCUCAACACCUUGAUAGCGAUCCCGAUGAUGCUGAGUACGUUGCACCCUUAGAGGAAGAUGAAGGCUCUUCAGAAGAGGAAGAGGAUAUAUCAUCAGAUGAAGGGGACGAAGGAGACAACGAGGUUGCAAUGCCACAUUUAGAAGAAGUCCAACGACGCUAUACGCAUAGAUCUUUGCAACCAACCUUCCAUGUACCAAUUAUAGAGGUUGCCGCAGAGAAUGCAGGGACAAGUGUUUGGACCAUAAAGCAAUACCAGGGGUACCACCAAUGCAGACCCGAUUACACAAGAGCAAAGGACGACAAAUUGUUAACAAGUGAACUCAUAAGUACCCUGAUUGGUCUAAAAAUUCAAGAAGAUGCUGACUAUAAAGUCAAACUCAUUAUCAGGGAUAUUUAUGAGUUGUUCCAUAUCUCUGUGUCUUACAAGAAGGCAUGGUGUGCACGGUUAUUAGCCAUCCAACGCUUGUAUGGUAGCUGGGAAGGGUUGUACAAUAAGUUGGCUCCCUUGCUCAGUGCAAUUAUGGGGUCAAACCAUGGAACUGUUGUUGAUUUACAAACAAUGGCAACUGAUUCACCAACUUCUUUUCAGUUCAAGUAUGUAUUAUGGUCCUUUAGGGCAUCCAUAGAUGGAUUUCACUAUUGUCUUCCUGUUAUUUCAGUAGAUGGAACUCACUUAUACGGCAAGUAUAAGGGAUGUUUAUUACUUGCCAUGGCAACGACGGGAAAUGGUGAAAUUUUUCCCCUUGCUUUUUCCAUUGCUGAUGCUGAAGAUGGUCCAAGUUGGAAAUGGUUCUUGACGAAUGUCAUGCGUCAUGUCGUUCCCCCACAUCGUCGCGUAUGCAUAAUAUCUGAUAGACACAGUGGGAUUGAGCAUGCAUUUGAAAAUGUCCCAGAGUUAGGUGGAGGUCGAGUGACUCGAAGAUAUUGUCUCCGCCACCUACACAUCAAUUUCUGGAAUAAGUUCCGAAGUAAAAAGUUGCGGACCUUGAUGUACAAAGAUGGUAAAGCCCCUAAUAGAAGUGAGUUUGACCAGUUGCUACUCCAAAUAGCAUCCAAAAAUCAAGAUGCCUACAACUGGCUUAAUGCCAUUCCAGAACACAAGUGGGCUUUAUCACAUGAUGAAGGUGGGUCACGUUAUGGUGUAAUGACUACAAAUUCCUCAGAAAGUUUCAAUCAUGUCCUUAAAGGAUGUCGUUGUUUGCCAGUAUAUGCCAGUGUGAUGUUCACCUAUGAUAAGCUGGUCAAACUUUUCGCUGAGAGGCGAACCAGUGGAAUGAGUCAAGAAUCGACCCAUGGUCAGUACGUUCCGGAGCCGGAGCACGUGUGCGUGCACACGGUGAACACCGAGGGUUCGAGUUUCACGCCUCCGGGUGACGGAGGGCAACAGCAGAAUCAACCUGAGCCAGCGGGACAGCCACCAGCUGUACCACCGCCAGUCGUGCCACCUCCAGUGAUGCCACCGUUGGCGAUACCGCCGGUGGCCUACGAGCAGAUGUUCCCGGCCAUGAUGGCCCAUUAUAUGCAGCACAUGGCGCAGCUUAUGCCCAUGUUCCAGCCACCGCCACCGCCACAGCCGCAGCCGCGCAUCGUUACCUUCAAGACGUUGAAGGAUAAUGGAUGCCUUGAUCGAUCCGGGUGUCCGUUGUCUGUGCAAGGGAAGCAAUUCCCUGCAGAUUUGAUAGAGCUACCACACAAGGAGUUUGACAUUAUCCUUGGUAUGGAUUGGCUCACCGAGCAUAGAGCAGUGGUCGACUGCAGUUGUCGGACCGUACGGCUGAGAGCCGAGGACGGUAGCGACGUAUCACUCUCCGGGGAGGUGUUCCCCAAGACUCCCGAGUUCAUAUCGUCCUUGAGCGCGAGGCGCUUGAUUCGCAAGAAGUGCGAGAUGUUCCUGUGUCACGUGAUCAGACAGAUGAACCUAGAGCCGAUCCCAGAGGGCAUUGAGGAGAUGUACGAUGGCGUGGCUGUCUCUUUAAUCUGUUGAUUAUGCUUUAUUUAAUUAACUUUAAUGCUUAUUACGUUUUCGGGCAAGAUCCCAAGUUGUUUGACUUUAAAAAGGCUUCCGCAUUAUUUUAAAUUACUCCGAUGGAUUUUUAUAUGUAUUGAUAGAACGUUUGUUUAAAAUUGUUUUGAAAAUGUUGUAUAUUCGGAUACCAAUCCAGUGGCACACCGGUCCGCUAUCUCACGGGUUUGGGUUACGCGGGUUGGGGUGUUACACUCCCUAUGUCCAAAAUGAAUUGCCAUAUCUAUA